AUGUUGCAACGAGCCGAGGAUAACGGGGCAUGGAAGCGUGGAGCGGCGGUUGCGGGGGGCGCCUCCGUCCUUCCCGCGCGCGUGGCCGUGGCCGUGGCCUCUCGCUCGCCUCCACCAUUUCUGGGUCGCCCCCGCCUCUCCCUCGGCCCGAGACACCACGCGCUCGGCCGGACAUCCAUGCCCAUGGGGCCGCGCCUCCUGCAGCACUACCGCUCCCGCUCCGCCUCCUACGCGCGCUCCCCGGACGCCGACGCCCUCCACGGCAGCCCCGGCCCCGGCACCGCGGCCGCCGCCGACGCCCUCGACUGCCCCUUCGGCCACCUCCAUGGCCUCUCCCGCGCCGACGUCCGCGAGGCCGCCUACGAGGUCUUCUUCAUGUCCUGCCGCGCCGGCGCCGGCGGCAGCGCCAAGGGCGCCGCGUGGGACGGCGGGGAAGGCGGGGACGCCUCGCCCAGGAUCGGCGCGGGGCCCAGGGGCGGCACCGGGAUGAACGUCGUCAACAGCCGGGUCAAGCGCGCGCUCGGGCUCAAGGCGCGCAGGGCCACGCAGCCGUCCACCGCCCUGCGCAGCGGCAGCUUGAACGCCUCGUCCGCGCCGGGGUCCCCCGGCCGCGCCGUGCGGGCGCCGGCCGGCUCGCCCAGGGCCAGGCGGCCCAUGACCUCCGCCGAGAUCAUGCGGCAGCAGAUGCGCGUCACGGAGCACGGCGACGCGCGCCUCCGAAAGACGCUCAUGCGCACCCUCGUCGGACAGGUGGGAAGAAGAGCGGAGACGAUCAUCCUGCCGCUGGAGCUGCUGCGGCAGCUCAAGCUGCCCGACUUCGCCGACGGCGCCGAGCACCACCAGUGGCAACGCCGCCAGCUCAAGCUCCUCGAGGCGGGCCUCAUCCUGCACAGCUCCGUCCCGCUCGACCACCGCCACAGCGCCUCCGUGCUCCGGUUCCGCGAGGUCAUGGAGGCAGCCGAGGCCCGCGCCAUCGACACCGGCAAGGCCUCCGACGCCAUGCGCGCCCUCUGCGACGCCGUGCUCGCGCUCGCCUGGCGCUCCGCCCCCGCCGGCGAGGCCUGCCACUGGGCCGACGGGUACCCUCUCAAUGUGCUCCUCUACGUCUCCCUCCUCCAGGGCAUCUUCGACCUUAGGGACGAGACCGUCGUGCUCGACGAGGUGGACGAGCUCCUGGAGCUCAUGAGGAGGACGUGGGCGACGCUCGGCAUCAACCGGAUGCUGCACAACGUGUGCUUCGCUUGGGUCCUCUUCCAGCAGUACGUGGCCACCGGGCAGGUCGAGCCGGACCUCGCCGGCGCGGCGCUCGCGGUGCUCGCGGAGGUGGCCGCUGACGCCGGCGCCAGGCAGGACAACCCACGUGACCCCGUGUACGCGCGGGUCUUCUCCACCGCUCUUGGCGCGAUACGUGACUGGUCCGAGAAGCGCCUGCUUGACUACCACGAAUGGUACGGGAAUGGCGGCACCGGCACCUGCACCGCGGCGUUGGAGUGCGCUCUGUCUUUGGCGCUCGGCGCCGGCAAGAUCAUCGCCGAAAGUGUGCACGCGGAUCACGAAUGCGGCGGCGAUCGCGUCGAUUACUACAUCCGUUGCUCGAUGAGAAGCGCCUUCACAAAGGUCCUCGAGAGCGGGCUCGGGCAGGAGAACGGCAUGGUCUCCGGCCACCAGCGCGACGUCGACGACACCAGCGGGAUCCUGACGCAGCUCGCCAGGGACACGGAGGAGCUGGCGCAGUGGGAGCGCGAGUGCUUCAGCCGGGAGCUUAGGCGGUGGCACCCGUUCCCGGCGGCGGUGGCCGCGGCGACCCUGCACGGCUGCUACGGCGUGGUGCUGAAGCAGUACCUGGGCAAGGCCGUCUGCCUGACCGACGAGCUGGUGCGCGUGCUGCACGCGGCGGGCAGGCUCGAGAAGGCCCUAGUGCAGAUGGUGGUGGACGACGACGGCGAGCCGGUGGUGCGGGAGGUGGUGCCCUACGACGUCGAGUCCGUCGUGGUCGGCUUCCUCCGGACGUGGGUCGAGGAGCGGCUCAGGGUCGCCAGGGAGUGCCUCCUCCGAGCCAAAGACACCGAGAGCUGGACCGCGAGGUCCAAGAAUGAGCCGUACGCGCAGUCGGCGGUGGACCUGAUGAAGCUGGCCAAGGCCACCCUGGACGAGUUCUUUGCGAUCCCGGUGAGCGCGAGGGACGGCAUGCUGCAGGACCUCGCCGACGGCCUCGGCGCCGUCUUCCAGGACUACGUCUCCUUCCUCGCCUCCUGCGGCAACAAGCAGAGCUACCUCCCGCCGCUGCCGGCGCUGACGAGGUGCAACCAGGACUCGACGAUCAAGCGGCUGUGGAAGAGGGCGGCGGUGGCGCCGUGCCGGGCGCCCCUGACGAGCGGGCGCGGCAACGCGUCGUACCACGGCGGAGGCCAGAGCGUGAGCGCGGCCGGCGGGCACAACCCACGGCCGUCCACCAGCCGCGGCACGCAGCGCCUCUACGUCCGGCUCAACACGAUCCACUACAUCCUCAGCCACAUCCAGGCGCUGGACAAGUCGCUCUCCUUCUUCUCCGCGGGCGGGGGAGCAUGCACCUCGCCGUCCACCACGAGCCGGCUCCUCGCCGCGCCGUGCUGCCACUUCGACCACGCGCGUACCGCGGCCCAGACGGCGAUCGCCCACGUGGCCGAGGUGGCCGCGUACCGGCUCAUCUUCUUCGACUCGCACCACUCGUUCUACGACGGCCUCUACGCGGGCGGCGUGGCCGACGCUCGCAUCCGGCCGGCGCUCCGCACGCUGAAGCAGAACCUGUCGCUGCUCGUCUCCCUCCUCGUGGACCGCGCGCAGCCGGUGGCGGUGCGGGAGGUGAUGAAGGCCUCGUUCCAGGCGUUCCUGAUGGUGCUGCUGGCCGGCGGCAACCACCGGAGCUUCACGAGGGAGGACCACGGGAUGGUGGAGGAGGACCUGCGGAGCCUGAAGCGGGCCUUCUGCACGCGCGGGGAGGGCCUGGUGGCGGAGGACGUGGUGGAGAGCGAGGCGGAGGUGGCCGAGGGCGUGGUCGCGCUCAUGGGGCAGACGGCGGAGCGGAUCGUGGAGGAGCUGAGCAUCGCCACGACGACGACGACGGCGGCGGCGUGCGGCGGGUCGCCCCGGGCCGCUCUGCCGGUGCCGCUGACGACGAGGCGGUGGUGCCGGACGGACCCGGACACGGUCCUCCGCGUGCUCUGCCACCGCGACGACGAGGCCGCCAGCCAGUUCCUGAAGCGCGCGUUCCAGCUCCCAAAGAGGAGGUGA